CUCUCUCUCUCUCUCUCUUUCAAAUUCCCAAAAUCUCGCGGGUUUUCUUGCAUUAUGAUUGAUCACUUCAUGCACAAAUGCAUACUUUCAAAUCCAUAAUAAAAAGGGUUUAAAUAUUCACCCAACACAAGUACAACCACCAAUUGUGAAUGAAAAAUGCAUGCUUUCCGUCUGGGUAUUGUUCUAUCUUCCCUCCAAAACUAAACCUUUGCUCCAAUUCAUCAUCAUGGACUUCAAGCAAAAGAAGCAAACCAGGUUUCGCAUCGGCGAAAAUAGAAAGUCAAAAUCUGACCGUCCAUUGCACAUUCCUGGUAACGAACGGCCUGAAGACAAGAUUUCAGUCCCAUCGGAUAAUGUUGGUAAAGGUAGAACAAUUCCAAGUUCAAGUCAUGUGGGUAUCAAAUUAGGGGAAUCCAGAAGUGAUCUAGAUGAAAAUAAUGGGUCAAAAGGAAAACGGAUACUGGAUCCUGGAAGUGAGGUUAUCCUAAAAUGGAACAGAAUUUUUCUUGUUUCUUGUGUAGUGUCACUUUUUGUGGACCCAUUGUUCUUUUAUGUUCCUUAUGUAGAAGCUAUGGGUAGUUCUCAGUGUAUGAUGCCUGAUUUGGUUGUUGGGGUUCUAGUUACAUGUUUGCGCACUAUUGCGGAUAUAUUUUAUACGUUGCAUAUAGUUUUAAAGUUCAGGACUGCUUAUAUUUCACCAUGUUCAAGACUGUUGGGUAGAGGUGAACUUGUUACGGAUCAAAAGAAGAUUGCACGUCGGUACUUGAAGUCGAGUUUCUUUAUUGAUCUUGUUGCAACAUUGCCCUUACCUCAGAUUGUCCUAUGGUUCACUCUUCCAGUUAUCAGAUCACCAGAUGAAGAUUGCACAACCAAUGCUUUAGUACUCAUUGUCCUCCUCCAAUAUAUUCCAAGACUUUAUCUUAUUUUUCCUUUGAGCUCUCAAAUUAUCAAAACUACAGGAGUCGUCACCAAAACCGUUUGGGCUGGGGUUGCGUAUAAUCUUGCGUUUUACAUCUUAGCAAGUCACUUUGUAGGAUCAUUAUGGUACUUGUUGUCAAUUGAAAGGCUUGCAACAUGUUGGACAUCUACUUGCAUACGUGAGGAUAAUGCAGUGAGAUGUUUACCUCAUUAUUUGAAGUGCGAGGAUCUACACGACCCUGCACAGAAGACAUGGGCCAAUAGUACACAACUUUAUAAAAUGUGUAGCAACACUAAAAGUUUUAAAUAUGGGCUAUUUGAAGAUGCUGUUGCAAAAGAUGUUUUUUCUUUCAAUCUUUUUCAGAAGUGCAGCUAUUGCUUAUGCUGGGGCCUACAGAACUUAAGCUCAUAUGGACAGACCUUAUCAACAACCGCAUUUAUUGGAGAAACAUUGUUUGCCAUACUCAUCGCCGUUGUGGGACUUGUAUUAUUUUCCCAUUUAAUAGGAAAUAUGCAGACGUACCUAAAAUCCAUCACUGCAAGGCUGGAGGAAUGGAGGCUUAGACGGCGAGACACAGAGUCAUGGAUGAGACAUAGACAGCUGCCUUGUGAUUUGCAAGAACGCGUUCGUAAGUUUGUACAGUACAAGUGGCUUGCAACUCGUGGUGUUGAUGAAGAAUCUAUUAUAUGUAGUUUGCCGAAAGAUCUCCGACGAGACAUCCAAUGCCACUUGUGUCUUGAUCUUGUUCGACGUGUCCCUUUUUUCUCUGAAAUGGAUGGUCAACUACUGGAUGCUAUAUGUGCACGUUUAGUGUCAUCACUAAGUACUCAAGGCACAUACAUAGUACGAGAAGGUGAUCCGGUAUCAGAGAUGCUUUUUAUCAUCAGAGGAAGACUCGAUAGUUCCACCACUAAUGGAGGUCGAACGGGCUUUUACAACUCGAUUACUUUAAGGCCCGGUGACUUUUGUGGAGAAGAGUUGCUCGAGUGGGCCUUACUACCAAAAUCCACUCUUAAUCUACCAUCUUCCACAAGAACAGUUAAAGCAUUAACUGAAGUUGAAGCUUUUGCUUUAAGCGCGGAGGAUCUAAAAUUAGUUGCUAAACAGUUCAGACGGUUACAUAGUAAAAAGCUUCAACAUACGUUCCGUUUUUACUCCUACCAUUGGAGAACAUGGGCUGCGUUUUUCAUUCAGGCGGCUUGGCGACGUGCUAAGAAGAGACGAAUGCAAUGGAGCCGCACCAUUAGUGAAUCAUCGCAUCAUGAUCAUGAAACUGAACAUCAUGAUAAUGCAUCAUCGUCCAGUUCGAAUUCGCUUAAUGUCACGAUGUUAGCUUCAAGAUUUGCUAGAAACACGAGGCGUGGAAUCUUGAAAACGAAAGAUGUAGAAUUGAUCAAGCUACAGAAACCAGAAGAACCUGACUUUUCUGCUGAUCCUGAGGAUGACUAGUUUUAAGUCACAUGAUACAUAUUACAUAGUUGUAAGUUGGUAUUGACAUAUCAAUUACUUUACUAUAUAUAGUGUGCCUAUAUGUAUGUGUGUAAAUAAUUAAACCCAU